UGUCAGUCAACCAAGAGUUGUCGAACUUGUGUUUUACUGCAAUUGUUAACCGCCAGAUGGGACUUCGUUCAGGCCUUCCUUUCCGUAUUUCUGGUCGAUGUCGGUUUCUUGUGGUUCCAACCAAACCGGACACACGAACCCCCAUUCAUUUUAUUUUCCCACGAAAAGAAUAAUUGAAGCAUGUCUUUGACAAUCCCGGAGCGUGUUGAACUUAUUUUCCUGUCUGGUCGCGAUGGUGCAACAAACAGAACUGUUGCCGAAACCUUCAACCAAAAGCAUCCUGGCAAAGCCGUGUCGCAUACAACAGUCGGUCGAUUAGUCCAAAAGUUCCGUGCAACGGGCAGUGUGCACGACAAACUUCGAAGUGGUCGCCCCGUGAUAUCAAACGAAACACGUGUAUCUGUGAUAAAUGAACUUCAGAAAAGUCCGAAGAAAUCCGUGCGGAGACUGUCUCAGGAAAUUGGCGUUCCUCGUACAACAAUGCGACGGAUAAUCAAAGCUGCAGAAGUCUGCAAACUGGCCACGUCUCACUUGAAAUCACAUGAAUUUCCACCAAUCUCGCUUCCUUAUGAUGUCGAACAUCUUGAAGGAUGCAUGCGUGCAGCAGAUCCCGAGGAUCUAACCACAAAAGCAGAAGUUCCAGCCGCUGAUUCACAACCUGAAUGAGCAACGAUGGGACGUACGUGUGUGGACAGGACUAGGCAGGGGCCGGACGGUCAAGCCGAGUUACGCAUCGCCAACUGUGCGGAAUGUUUCAUUGAUAUGGCUGAUUUCAUACUCAACCGAUUGGAAAGUGUCCAGGAGAUGGCCGAGCCAAAGAUGAACUGAUGUUGUAAUGACGAUGAUGAUGAUGAUUGUAGUGAGUAUUGGUGCUGCUGGAAACAACAGCUAUAAUAAUGAAGAAGAAUACUCUUUUUACUCUGUUAAUCGUUUCAGUCAUUUGACUGCGGCCAUGCUGGAGCACCGCCUUUAGUCGAGCAAAUCGACCCCAGGACUUAUUCUUUGUAA